AUGGUUCCACCCGUGGCUGAGGCUCCGAAUGGAAUUAUUUUGGCUGCCGUGGCUGCAGCCUUGCUAUCCCCUCCUGCAAAGCAAUCGCAGAUAUCCACUCCGAUCUUCGCUGUUGACAUCGAUUCUGCAGAGAAAUGCGCAAAUGCUACUGCUACAAUUCCAUUGGAAAUGAAGGAACCGUCUGCGCCCAAGACCAGCGAUGUUGGAACACUGCCAAUUGAAGAGGCUGAGAUGCGAGCAGAGCACACAGCAGCAUCGAGUGCAGGUGUCAAUCGCUACACAGAAGUUCGCACAGCUGUAGAUAGGGCGAUGAAACAAUUGCCAGAUCAAAGGACUUCAACUGUACCAAGCCUCAUCAGUCCAUCUUCAAACAUUUCCUCCUCUUCUUCGAGCGAAGGGACCAUCACGAACUCCGAGAACACCCCUGAACCUAAUGAUGGAGAGGAAAAGCAGAACAGAGCAGAUGCGGGGCUACACCGCAUCAUUGAGAGAAAUUAUGAGAGCUACCCCAUGGGGUGGCCCCAGCUGGCGGCUUUCCUCAAUAGUGCCGACAAUUAUGCGAUAUUCCGACGGUUUGGCACUGAACACUGCCGUGUCCUGCUGCACUUGAUGGCGGAAAUAACAAGCAUACAGAAGGAAAUCGACGUUUUGGAUCAGGCAGAUGCAAAGAAUAAGGAUAUGCUAUACCGAUUGCGGAGGAAUGAGUGGCACGAAGGCGCAGUCCUACUUCAAGACAGCAAGUUACGUUCACUGGACCCCGCGCCGGCACGGGACUUCCAGCACGUCUUCCGCUGGAUCUACGACCGCAAACCACUUGAUCUUGGUGAAUACGACUUUAUCUUACACGGCGAGGAUUUUGUUUCUUCGGGGAAACGUUCCAGCAAUCCCUUUGAACGUCUCAUUGAAUCAUGCCUGAGUCGUUGUCCGAAUAUGGACAUAUUCCGACGAUUCUUGCGUGAAGAUAACGAAGUCCAUGGCGUGCAGGAUCCAGCAGUCCAUUUCUUCUCCAGCGCCAAAAUUGCUUUCGUGGGUAGACUUGCAGCUGUCUGUGUCGCUGUCACAAUCUUGCUAAUCCCGAUUUUCCUUCUGUACUUGACGUCGAUGAGCAGAGGGGCAGUUUCCGGCAUGGUUUUGGCGUUCGUCUUGACCUUUGCAAUGCUCGUGUCAUUACUUACGAGCGCUGGCGUGGAGACAGUGUUUGUUGGCACUUGCGCGUAA